AUGGCCAUUAACGGGUGGAACUUUGUCGUUCAGGUCUACUACAUUCCCACCUUCUACCAGCUGGUCUACAACUAUGGGGCGACUAGAUCCGGUGUCAUGCUGCUUCCUAUCACCCUCGUGCAGACUGCGAGCAGUACCCUCUCCGGACUCAUAGUCCACUGGGUGGGACGUUACCGCGAGUGCAUCUUGUUCGGGUGGUUCUGCUGGUCGGCUGGUCUAGGCCUCAUGUCCACCCUCGACGAGACUUCUGGUCUAGGAAAGCAGAUCGGCUAUUCCCUGCUUAUUGGUGUGGGUGUGGGAAACACCCUUCAGCCAGCUCUGGUUGCCAUCCAGGCGGGCGUUCCAAGAAAGGACAUGGCCGUUGUCACAUCCUUCCGCAAGAAUAACAUCGUCAAGGGCUCGGUCAAUGGUCUAGAUCUGGGUAUGGAACAACGCGAUUCGCUUCUCAGUAACCCACAGCAGUACAUAUCGUCGCUUUCUGAUGAAGAUGCGCAACGUAUCAGAGCCGUUCUCGCGCCCGCGUACCAGAAGUCUUUCAAGGUCAUUUUCGAGCUUGGUUCUGGCUUAGCAGCAGCAGCAUUCUUCGUAGCAUGGUUCUUGAUGCCACACAUUGACUUGUCCCGCCCCGACGAUCACAAGUUGAAAGAAGAGGGUCAUCAGGCACAACUGAAAGAAAACGCUGACGCCGCAGAGAAGUCUCCGUGA